AUGACAACCCAACGGUUUCAGUCAGAGCUCUUGCUAUGCCUCCCUAACCACCCCAGGGCAGUCCUGGACCACGUCCUGUACGAUGAGCUCGAGCGAGGCACCGGGGAGAAGCCCGAGCUCCGCGCCACGACCAAGGUCUCCAACCCCAAGUCCGGCUGCUUCGGUAUCUGCACCAACGUGCACGCGGCAGGGGACGUCCACGGUCCCCUGGUCCAGCAGGAGUGGCUGUGGUCGCACGGCAGCAGAUGUAGGUGUCUCGUCCGUGGCAGGAAGGGCCACUGCUCCUCGAAUCCGGCGCCCGCGGCUCUGGUGCGACACAGGGACGAGAUGGUAAGUCAGGGCGCCAUCUGCGCCCGCGGGUCGUGGGCCCUGCUCGUCCGGCUGGCGUUGGGCAUGGAGGUCGACGCCGAACUGCGGAUGGGCUCCGGAGCGGUGGCCCUCGAGAGAGUAAGAGCGUGGUUAUCCUCGUUGAAGGAAUGA